CCACUCUGCCUAAAGACAGCUACAGCUUCAUAUGCUUCUGUCUGUUCGCAGGGGUUAACAAUGCGAUUCUAAUGCAUGCCUCUCGCUCCGUUUAACUUGCUGUACAUUUUUAUCUUUGAAUUGUUCAGCAUUCAGUCUACUCUAUGGCGACAACGCGCCGCUUCGUUCCUCUUCUCGGCUGCGGCUUCUUCUUUUUCUGCUUAUGGGGGCUAUUUAGUCUGUCCAGAUCAUGGACGCAGAUGAAAGUGUCGCAAGCCGUCGGCUUAGGCGAACUCGUUUCUACGCCGUCACCAACUCCGUCCGGGUACUGGAAUGUCACUGAAGGACCAAAGCAACCGUUCGCGCCGCGUCCCCAAUAUGUCGCUGGGAUUGCCAGACCAGAUGGACAUGAGUACACGAAGACGUUAGUGAUACCUCGGACAACCUACGAAGAUACCUCGUGGACGGAGUUUGAAAUCCCCGGCUGGGAAACCGCUGUAUACGUCGUUGACGACCCAUCCGCGCCUCUGCAUCCGCCGAAGAAUAAAGGGCAUGAGGUCAUGGUCUAUUUGAGUUACAUCAUUGAGCACUACGAUGAACUUCCAGAAAUAAUUGCUUUCAUGCACUCGCAUCAAUUUGGAUGGCACAACGACGACCUUCUUGACGGGAACGCGGCAACCAUUUUACAACGUUUGCGACCAGAGCGGGUCAUCAGGGAAGGCUAUAUGAACUUGCGCUGUGGCUGGGGUCCUGGCUGUCCCGAUUGGCUGCACCCCGGUACUCUGGAGGAGGAUGAAUCCAAGCAGGAAGAAAUACUACUUGCCAGAUCCUGGGGCGAGAUCUUUCCCGAUGACCCUAUCCCGGACGUGCUGGCGCAGCCGUGCUGUGCUCAGUUCGCCGUCUCGCGCGAACGAGUGCACGCUAUUCCCCGGGCGCGCUUUGUCUUCUAUCGAGAUUGGGUUCUUCGCACAGAACUGAGCGAUUACAUCUCUGGUCGUAUUUGGGAAUAUCUUUGGCAUGUUAUUUUUACAGGUCAGAAUGUGGUCUGCCCGAAAGAGCAUGUGUGCUUUUGCGAUGGAUAUGGAAUCUGUUUUGGUGGCGAGGACGAAUAUAACGCCUACCGAAACAUGGACUCCGAACGCGAAGCUUGGGAAGAUGAGCUUAAACGUUGGCGCAGUCGAGCGGCUGUGAUCGAGUCUGCUCGGCGUCGCGGUACUCUUGGAGAGAAAAGUCACCUAUCUGUUCCGGAACCGGGGCGAGACAUUGAACUCGAGGAACUCAUCGCGCGACAUGGUGAGCUGAAAGAGGAGCUGUUGCUCAACGCUACCAUACGCGGACAGGAUGCCAAGGCGCGAGCCCUUGAGGUGGGGAUUUGGUGAAUGCUUUUUGCUGCAUAUUUUGUAUAUUGUUUACCAUGUACUGGAAUUUGGCGUUUUUUGUUAUAGAGAUGUGAUGCUCCCUGUUAUGAUGGACGGGGCAUUGAAUAUACGAGCGUAAUCUCAAACGUAGCGCAUCAUUUGGCUGGUUCCAAAUUGGUCGACAAGAUUUUCAAUGAUAAAAGUUGAGGUUAAGAUAC